AUGAGUGCUGCAUAUUACCGUUUAAAAAAAUAUCGCCAAAAACGAUCUGCUGAAGUUUCAACUUAUAGAAAUUCACUAAGCCCUCCUAAUCCUACAAAUAAUAGUGAUGACAAUAAUUCUUCGUAUCACUUAGUAGAUUCAUCCUUUGAGUAUUUAAGCUUAUCAGAUUGCAGUUCACUUAAUUAUCAGUCACCUCGAUCUUCCCCAUCACAGCAUUCAUCAAGUACCGACAGUUGUAUUCAAGGAAAUAAUAAUUACAAUAUUACUACUACUGUGCCUAGUUUACGUGAAAAAAUACGAAAUUUUGCUGUACGAUUUAGAAGUAAUAUGACGGUUGAAAUGAUUGAAAAUUUACUUGAAAUAUUACGAUCAGAAAAUCAUACUGAUCUACCAAAAUCAGCAGUUGGCUUACUACAAACUAAGUCUAACAAUAACAUUACAAUCAUGAAAAGUUCAAAAAAUACUGAUGGCUCUUAUGUGUAUUUCGGCAUAGAAGAAGGAUUAAAAAGGAUAAUUACUGAUGAAUAUGCUGAAAAUAGCAUACGUUUGUUGUUCAACAUAGAUGGCCUGCCAUUAUAUAAUAAUUCAAGCCAGCAAUUUUGGCCAAUAUUAGGACUUAUUGUACAUAACGGAUAUGAAUCAAACCCAUUUAUUGUGGCGGUGUACAGUGGUGAUUCUAAACCUCAAAAUUCAAAUACUUUUUUGGAAGAUUUUGUUCAAGAAACAAUAUUUUUAGUUCAAAAUGGCUUAAAUAUUGGACAAAGAAAUUUUAAAUUAGAAAUUGCUGGGUUUUCUUGCGAUACGCCAGCCAGAUCAUUCAUUAAGAAAUGUAAAGGGCAUGGAGGGUUCUUUGCAUGUGAGCGCUGCGUAACCAGAGGAAAGACUCUAAAUAAAAAAAGAGUUUAUCCCAGUAUUAAUUCCAAAUUACGCACCAAGAGGAGUUUUAUUAGGCAACGUCAACCUGAGCAUCAUUUGGAUGGAAGAACAUUGUUGAUUGAUAUACCAAACUUUGACCCUGUGAACUCAGUUUUUUUAGAUUCCAUGCAUUUAUUGUACCUUGGUAUUAUGAAAUGGAUCUUACAGCAAUUAAUUGGUACUAAGAUGAGAGUUAAUCGUAAAUGCAAACUUCCUCGUUGUAAAAUACAAGAAUUAAAUUUAAAUUUAAAAGUAUUUGUAAACCAUAUACCUAAAGAAUUCCAGAGAAAAAAAUUAGACUUGGACACAUUUAAUUACUGGAAAGCAACACAAUUUCGUUUUUUUUUAAACUACUGUGGACCUCUAGUCCUACGAAAAAUUCUACCUAAAAAAAUGUACCAUCACUUUUUACUUUUAGUUGUUGCGUGUAGAAUAUUAAAUGAUUCUGAAUUGUGUAUCAAAUAUGUGAGUUAUGCAAAAGAAUUGUUGAAGAAAUUUGUGGAGCUUCUCCCUUCAUUUUAUGGUCCAGAUUCACAAAUUAUGAACAGCCAUAAUUUGAUACAUUUGGCCGAUGAUGUGGAACAUGAAAAUACAAAUUUAUCAAAUUUAUCAGCAUUUCCAUUUGAAAAUUUUCUCGGAAAAAUUAAAAGGCUAAUUCGUGGAAGAACUAAGCCUCUGGCACAGUUGGUUAGAAGAAUGUCUGAAGAGAAAACAUGUCCAGAGAUGACUAAAAAGAAUGCUAUACACAAGAAAAAAAGUCUCAUUGUUAACCCUGACAUUAAAAGUAAAGUUAAUUUAAAAAGCAUUAUUUUUCAAGGAGUUGAGUUAAGUACAAAAAAACCUAACAAUAUUGUGAAAUUGAAUUCUGGUGAAGUUUUUAGCAUUACUAGAAUUAAGAAUAAACGAUGUAGUAUUUUCUUUCACGGAUAUUUGUACAAGAGUGUUACUGAUGUUUUUAAAUACCCUUGCAAAUCAACAGAAAUUGGAAUAAUGAAAUUGGGUCAAUUAUGUAGAAGAAAAAGUAUUAUUUCAAUAAAUAAUGUUUUAAAAAAAUGUGUUCUUUUCGAGAAAGGCAGUCAGAGUUAUGCAGUUACAUUACUACAUGAUUCCUAA